AUGGCGAAGGAACUCUAUGACGCCGUAGUUGCUCAUUACUCCUCCCCCUCUACUUCUGCCCUAGGCCGUAUCAUGCUGCCGUACCUCUUUCCUGAGCUGUCAAAUGUCCACAGUGUCGCUGAUCUCAUGACCCACCUUCGCUCUAGUGACGCUCGCUACCGUGCCGCUCUCAAGCCGGCCUUUCUGACUGUGAACCAGCCUCCGAUGUACAUCACUCUAUGCUACCCUGUUACUCGCCUCCCUGACUCCCUUUGCGCCGUUAGGGAUCACUUCCUCACGCUUGACCCCACCGAGCUCACCCUUGCCUUGCUGGAGAAGCAUCUCCUUGAGGCCAAGACCAGUACUGUCGCUGUAGCUGCCUCUCGUGGCACUCCCCGCUCCCCCUUCUUUGAGGGGUGUUCUCCCUCCAUUCUCGCGCUCUCUGUUGCUACUGUUGCUCUUGUUGACUUCUUUCGUACUGAAGAGGUUGGUGCCGCAUCUGCUCCUAGUGGGAGGUGCCACAGCGACAAGGGCAAAGGGGGUAAGGGUGGUGGGGGUGGCGCUGGUGGGGUGGUGGCUGCAGUAGAGGUGGCGGGGGUGGUGGAGGUGGUGGAGUGGGCGGAGGGGGCUCGGCUCGUGGCGGCUGAGGCAUUGGGGGUGGACAGCAGCACCAGCCAUGCCAGCAGGAGCCACGCACCCCUCAAGAGAUUCGUGAGUGGGUUGUCCAGCGUGGCUCCUCUGGGGGUAGUGUUCGUUGCCCGUACAUCAGGCGCUCGGGUCCCAAGACUGGUGAGCCCUGCGGGAAGAUUGGGCACACUGAGUACUGUUGCUUCUGCCGUCUCGAGGAUGCCUGGUGUAGAGGCUGCUUCUCUAGGUGCUUGUGAGUUUGUUGCCGUGGCUACUGCUUUUGCUGAGGCCUUCCACACCUUCACACUUGACUCAGGCGCGUCUUGCUGCUUCUUUCGCGAUGGCACCACAGUCACACCGCUCACAGCACCUCUCCUAGUCGCUUUGGCUGACCCCUUUGGGGGCCUAGUCAUUGCACGAGCCUCCAUUGUCCUCCCUUGUCCGGCGGUCCCCUUCCGCUCUCUCCCAGGUCUCCACCUCCCUUUGUUCUCUAUGAACUUGGUGAGUAUCGCUGUCCUCCAGGAUGAGUUGGUCACUACCACUACUCCUGGGGGUGAGCGGGUGACAAUCUGUACGUGCUCACGGACAGGCCGCCACCUCGUUACGUUCACUCAGAGACCUGGAUCCCUGUCCCCGCUCCUGCGCUCACUUGCACCGCCGUGCCUUCCCUGCGUCGAGGGGCGGCAGCGCGCCGCUCCUCACUCCUCCUCGUUUCCGUCAACCACUGCUCCUCUGCAGACUCUCCACAUGGAUGUGUGGGGCCCCGCCCGCAUCCGUGGACAGGACCAGGAGCACUACUUUCUGCUGGUUGUCGACGACUACACGCGCUACACCACGGUCUUCCCCUUGCGGAGCAAGGCGGAUGUCCAUGAUGAUUUGAUCCCCUGGAUCACCGGUGUCUAUCACCAGCUGAGCGCGCGGUUUUAG